AUGGUGGGCAUCGUCGCGGCGAUCGGCUCUGAGGUGACCAAGUUCAAGGUCGGGGACCGCGCAGGCGUGGGCACCUUUGUCGACAGCUGCCGCAACUGCCCUGAGUGCCUGGCGGGUGACGACCAGUUCUGCUCCGAGGGCGGCUACUCGACCCACAUCAUCAGCGCGGAGCACUACACUCACAAGGUCCCCGACAAUCUGGACCUGGCUGGCGUGGCGCCCCUGCUCUGCGCGGGCAUCACCACCUACACGCCGUACAAGCGUUACGGCCUGAACAAGCCUGGUAUGAAGAUUGGAGUGGUCGGCCUGGGCGGCCUGGGCCACAUGGCUGUGAAGUUUGGUGUGGCCUUUGGCUGCGAGGUUUACGUCAUCUCACGCAGCAAGGCCAAGGAGGCUGAGGCCCUGGCCAUGGGCGCCAAGGCCGUGAUCCCCACCAACGACGAGGAGGCCAUCAAGGCUCACGCCAACCAGCUGGACGGCAUCAUAGACACCGUGGCCGCCAAGCACGACUACACGCCACUCUUCACCAUGCUCAAGGCCAAGGCGACGAUGUGCGUUGUGGGCGCGCCUCCCGGGGACGCCUCCUUCCCCUGGGGACCCAUGCUUUUCAAGGCUCUGACGCUCUGCAGCAGCCUGGUGGGCAACCCCGGGGAUACCCAGGAAAUGCUGGACUUCUGCGGAGAGAAGAACGUCGUGUCCGACGUCGAGGUGAUCGACAUGGAGUACGUCCAGACCGCUUUCGAGCGCAUGGAGAAGGGGGACGUCAAGUUCCGCUUCGUCAUCGACGUCAACAAGUCCCUCGCAGUGUGA